AUGAUGAAUGAAUCCCUCUGGACGAGCAGCACCGCGGGGCCCUACCUGCCUGGGGCUCUACCUGAGAACAUCGGAGACUACAUUCGAGUCUUUCCCUCAGAGCUGGGGUUAGAGCGGGGUCUGUCGGGGGUCAUCAGGGGCGGGUCAGGGACUGGGGUCGAGCUCGGGCCAGGGCCAGGCCUCUGCACCGUCCUGUCGGCAGCACGGCAUGAUGGGAAAUGUGAUCAGGGUCAGGAGAGCGAGCUGUCGACGCCGCCGGGGUCAUGUGUGUGUCCUCGGCCUUGUUUUUUCUGCAGCAGCGCCACAAAUGUGUAA